AUGUUGAAACGGAGCAACUUCUCCUCCGGUAGACUCCAACCGUCCGUCCCUCACCGCCCAGCCGGUUCCACAUCGCCCAUGCUAUGACACUUGACUGGGAAGGGAUCUGAGAAACUGCAUGAGAACCGGAAAGACCACCACCAACAUCAUCAACAACAACAACAAAAAAAUACGGUGAGACGGGUGGCCCCAACAGAGGCCUCUGGAUGCCGUUGCUCCUGCAGUUCAGGUGAAAGAACCCUCUCAGGAACUGUGUGUACCAAGGGAGGUUGUGGCUGUCUAACCUGAAGCCCAAGGUCAAGCAAGUUGUCAGGAUGAAGGAGGAGAAUUUGCUCCAACGGAGGCUUUCUCUUUGCCCUACCGCCACCUCUCCACCUAAAAUCGACCCCCGCACGCUCACCCGCAACUUGUCUUAUGGAGGAGACAAUGACAUCUACAACUUCGGUCCAGGCAGUGAGACAGACAGGAACGCUCUCUCCAUGCUGAGUAGUGAACUUAGUCCUGCCCAAUCACCUGACAGCAAGUCUGAGUCCAGGAUGUUUAAUGGCGUUGAAAAGGAGUGCCCCUCCCCCACCGAGAAGCUGGCUCGAAAGGAGUCUCUCAAGGUCCAGAAGCAGAAUUAUCGGCAAGAAAAGAAACGGGCAGCUAAGGAACUGUCCACUGCACUUAAGGACCCCAGUGUUGUCAUCAUGUCCAAUUGGCUCAAGAUCCGCGGCUCCUUAAAGAGUUGGACCAAGUUGUGGUGCGCCUUAAGGCCUGGGGUGCUGUUGAUCUAUAAGACACCUAAGACAGACCACUGGGUGGGCACCAUCCUCCUCAGUGCAUGCAAGCUGAUCGAGAGACCCUCCAAGAAAGACGGCUUCUGCUUCAAGCUCUACCACCCACUGGAGAAAUCCAUCUGGGCUGUCAAGGGUCCAAAAGGAGAAAAUGUCGGUUCCAUCACGCAGCCCUUACCCAGCAACUAUCUGAUCUUCAGAGCUGCAUCCGAGUCUGAUGGCCGGUGUUGGAUGGAUGCCCUGGAGCUGGCUCUGAGGAGCUCCAGUCUCUAUAAGAUGACUCCCAAAGCCGGAAAAGAGGGCGAUAUCAGCAUGACUUCAGAGUCUUCACAUAUACUCCAGCUGCUGCAGUCUUCUCCACUCACCGAUUCAGAGCUGCAACAGUUGAAUGAGACGUCCCUGCUUGGCAAUCACAUGGAGCAUGACGGCUCGUCAGACAAAUCGGAGCGCGAGACUCAUGACGACUGGGACACGACUGGCAAUGAAAACAGUGGACGGCUGACGGAGGAGAGCGACAUGGAGCAGUCAGACGAGAUGUCCCCCGGGCCACAAGCUACCGCUUACGUGGAGCAGAACUCUGAAGAGAUGGCCGAGGCCGGUGAAGCUUCCCAGGUUGAGACCGUAUCCGAUGAGAACAAGGGCCUAAUCUGGGGCCUGCUGAAACAGCUGCGACCGGGGAUGGACCUGUCAAAGGUGGUGCUGCCCACCUUCAUCCUGGAACCUCGUUCCUUCCUGGACAAGCUGUCUGACUACUAUUAUCAUGCUGAUCUGCUUUCACAGGCUUCUCAAGAAGAAAGUGCUUACAGUCGGAUCAAGCAGGUGCUGAGAUGGUAUUUGUCUGGCUUCUACAAAAAGCCCAAGGGUCUGAAAAAGCCUUACAAUCCAAUCCUGGGGGAGACAUUUCGCUGCUGCUGGCUCCAUCCUCGGACUGACAGCUGCACAUUCUACAUAGCCGAGCAGGUGUCGCACCAUCCUCCCAUCUCUGCCUUUUACGUCUGCAACAGGAAGGAUGGUUUCUGUAUCAGUGGAAGCAUCCUGGCCAAGUCCAAGUUCUAUGGUAACUCUCUAUCAGCUAUUCUAGACGGCAAAGCUCGACUUCUGUUCCUCAGUAGAGAUGAAGAGUAUAUCAUCACCAUGCCCUACGCUCACUGCAAAGGUAUCCUGUAUGGCACUAUGACGCUCGAGUUGGGAGGGAAAGUCACCAUCGAGUGUGAGAAGACGAAGUGUUUCGCAGAGCUGGAGUUCAAAUUAAAGCCUUUCCUCGGUGGCGCCGGCUCGGUAAAUCAGAUCAGUGGGAAGAUUCUUAUGGAGGACGAACUGAUGGCCACCAUUGACGGCCACUGGGACGGCGAGGUGUUCAUUCAUGAGAAGUGCUCGGGCCAGCAGGACACUUUGUGGAACCCAACUCCAGACAUCCGCAGCAUGCGCCUCAAGCGGCAGGUGGUCCAGUUAGACCAGCAGGGGGAGUUUGAGUCAGAAAGACUGUGGCAGCACGUGACCAGCGCCAUCCUGGAUCGGGACCAAAUGAGGGCGACGCAGGAGAAGUUUGUCCUGGAGGAGGCUCAGCGGAGAGAAGCCAAGGAGAGAGGAGAGAGAUCCUGGACCCCAAAACUUUUCCUCCAGGAUCCCGUCACCUCCGAGUGGACCUACAAGCACCUCGACACUCAGCCGUGGGACCCCGAGGUUAGCCUCGUUCAGUUUGAGAAGGACGGCGUGAUUCAGACACAGGAGAAAAUCCAGAGACAACACAACGGGCUUUCCUACAGCCAUGGCUGGACCAGGCAGCACAAGGCGGAGGUAAAUGGAAAGCACAGGAAGACCAGCAGCCAGCCGUCCACUUGCAGCCAGAACACUGAGAGCAGCAGCACCACACCAGAACCGACACACGAGUCCUCCGAUAAUGAAGGCUUUUCAACCCAAUGCGCCCGCUGCAGUAAAGAGGUGAAGGACAUCGCUCUGAUCGAGGCCUCCAUCACAUCCAUACAGAAGGCACAGCAGGAUAUUCAAAGGAACCUUUUGGCCCUGAGCCGUCAGCUGUCUCGGCAGAGGGAAACAGACGACAGCAUGUCCUUAACCGGCCGUCACUGCCUCAUCCUCUGCGUCCUGCUCCUCUCCCAGCUCCUCCUCAACUACGUCUUCACCUGAGCCAGCUCCUACGGGGAGAAGCCUCCCUCCAGCGCCGGUCUGGCUCGAAAGCUUCCAAAAAAAAGAAGAAAAAAAAAAGCACACAGACUCCGAUCAAGCCGACGGAGACCUCAGCGCUCGGAGGGAAACCUUCUCCCUUUGCGUACCUUUUGUAAGAAGAGGAGCACGGACUUUAUAGCAAUAAACACAGCCACAGCAACCGCCUGUCAGUCACCUGGAGAGAGGAAGAUGGCCCCCUAGUGUAGCCAGACUGAAACUGCACCGGAACCCGCGCACUUUGGACAGGAAAGGGAACUUAAGAAGCACCUCUAGAGAGACUCAAAAUGUGGGUAAUUUUGAUGAAAGAAAUGACAGAGAGGAUGUUUUCACCAUUCCUUAGUGUCUUUAUAUAUUAGUCCUGCAAUACUGUUCAUCUGUGAGCGUGCCUCUAUCUGUGUGCGUGCGUGUGUGUGUGUGUGUGUGUGUGUGUGUUGUUGCGUUAUCACUAGGCCCUAUGGGCACAAAGCAGAUCACGUCUCGGACUUUUCCUGCUCCCCUUCCACUCCAGACUUUGGGCCUUAACAAUGAAGCCAAAAAGAGGAAGAGUACCAGAAAUAAUUAUACAAACGAAGAAAGCUCGUCUUCUAACUGUGCAAUUGUGUAUUUUUUUUUUUUUUUUUUUUUUUUUUUUUUUUAUCAAUGUUCACGCAAAUACACUGUCUCGUCUUUUUAAUGAUGAUGAUUUUACCAAAACAGUAUUUAUAAUCCGAAAGGACAACGAGUACUUGUUUACAGGGGGAAAACUGGAUGUGCGCUCCGUGGCACAUCGGCACGAACAGAAGGAUAACGGGAGCGAGGCCGGCCAGAGAGCCGACAAGAGUGUCUUUAUAUUCGUGUGCCUGCUGCAUCUGAAGGGAUCGUCGGUGGCGUCGGGCUUGACCACUGAACCGGCGGCGUUACAAUCAGUCGCAUACGCGUGGCGGGGGGGAAGCACGAGUGGACGAGCCUACGAGAAAAGGGAUUUCUGUGUGCGCCGUGGUCGACACCACCUCGAAGUGACUGUCUUAGAUGUAAACACUUAGUAACAAAAGGCAGGAGUUUUCACCUUUAAUCAGUUUGUAUAUAUUUGUCUGGCCGUCGAUUUCAAAGAGAUAUUGAGAAUGUAUUUAUUAGAGGAUUCACCGUGUCUUCACUGAUUCAGGACGAAGGACCUGGAACAACAAUCGCUCCUCGAGGGUUUGUACGUCGGUCCGCCUGUAUGCUUGAGUGUGAUCGAGCACGUUAGCCAUGAAGUCUUUAAAAAAGGUAAAAAAAAAUAAAAAUAAAUCAGCCAUUAUGGUGGAUCUGACUGGUUGUUAGGUUCUGGGUUACAUCCUCAUCACCAGUACUCGUCCAACCACCUGCAGAGAACCAACUGCACACACAAAAAAAAAAAAAAAAAAGACGUCAGCUCUAUGAAUGCUUGGAUUAACACCUUAAUUUGUUUCUUCUUUUCACUCUUCUCAUGUUUUCUACUUUGCUGCCAUGUUGUGGGGAUUCUACAUGCCAGAUGUUUUUGUUUCAUGGAACAAAAGUAUAUAACAUGUCGGUAAUGUUUUUCAUUCAUGUGUUGGAUACUGUAGUAGGACAGUAAACACGUUUUACCCCUUGGA